CGGUCACGUAAAGGUCUUUGCGUUUAAUACAGCUCAUCACCAGUUAUAUCUCUGAGUACAGUUCUUGAAUCACACUCGCGAAACUAUUGGGUCGUUAGAGAACAAUUAUGUAACCGUACGUUGCCUGACCGGGUUCGGACCAUUUUUUCCCGACUACAAAUUCAGAACCAAACUAGAUAGAUUGUUUGGAGCUUUCGGGUAAGAAGUUUUGACUUUUUGUACCUAAAAGGUAUUGUAAUAUUCUAGUGAUGAGGUGUAAGAAUUUUUUAAGAUAUCGUUAGUUGAAGGAAAGUAUUAUUUGUUAUUAAUAGUGAAGUUUUUUUAAACUUUUAUUAAUAAUGAAGUUGAAUCUGUCUUUGUAUUGAAAAAGGAAAAAUAUGGGCGGCGGGUAAGAUAUAUAGAGAUAAACAAUGUGAAAUAACACAUGCAAAAGAUUGGUCUUAAUAUGUCAUUGGCAUGUUCGUCUUCACUUAAUACCCCAUAUUUUCCAGCUAUGUGAUUGAUUCUCUCUCAGAAGUUUAUACAACAUUUAAUAAAUCAAAAGUCAGAAUUUCAUGUUUCCUUGUCUUUUUCAACGUGAGAAUAAUUGGAAGAAGAAUAGAAUCUUGAUUUACAAUUUGGGAGAUUAGAAGAAAAGCAGCGGAAAAUAGUUUUCUUUUAGCAACGAUGGCUUUUUACUUGAUUCCAAGUUCAACCUAAUGGGCUAUAUUUCAUUCAGAAAAAAAAAACUAAUGGGCUAUUAUAUCACAAAGUUACGUCUAAUAUAACGAAGAUUUGAAGAUUGGAAUAGUUAACACCAAAGUGGCUGUAGUUUAGUGGUGAGAAUUCCACGUUGUGGCCGUGGAGACCUGGGCUCGAAUCCCAGCAGCCACAAACUUUUCCUUUUUCAUAAUUUUUUUCAUAAAUGGCUUCAUAACUUGACAAAAGGGGCUUCAUAAAUGGGCUUUCUGCGAAUGUAUCCAUCCUUUUAAAACAGCCUUCCCUUUUAAAGACUAGGCUUUUGGAAUUAUUCAAGCCGAAAACACUUUCUUUGGAUACAAGUAAAAUGAAGAAAACAUUUCACUCCACAAACCGCGUAUAGUUAUAAUUCGAUAAGUACGCCCCUAACGGUAAAAAAAAUAAAGAACAGAGAAACAUGCAACAAACAGUGGCGGCUGGUUCGAUCCUUGAAGCAUGUGAGACAGUAAGAGCGUAGUUUCCGUCGCCGUUAAAACUUGCCGCUAGAACAACUACUUCUGGCCUUUAAACACGUUUGCCUCCUUUGCCCGAAACUCCGCGGUCGCGCUCAUCUCUUUUUUUUUCUCACUUGAAGCUUAAUGUUAAGCUACCAUGGAAUGGGCUUACACUAAACAUAGGCUUAAAAAAUUAUUUGCUAUUGAUGGGCUUAAUAAAGCUCAAUAGGUUUUGGUUCUUCAUUAAUAAAUUCAUAAUGCAUGCAUAAUCUAACACUGCUAAAUUUUUACACAAAUCACUAACAAAUAAUGACGAUGUGUAUUUAUGAAUCUCUAAUCUUCUUACAUAAUUGCUAUUAUUGUCCGUAACGGAUAUGUAUAAAGAUAGAGAGGUGCAUAACGAUAGAUUAGUGCUAAUUAAUUAAUUAAUUAACCAAGAUCUCUUGUGAUAGUUAGUACAAAAACUAAACGAACGCAAAACUUCUCAUCUCCCUCAUUUUCUUUCCACUAUAUAAUCACUAGAUCACACAACUUGCUUAUUCAUCCCAACACACACAUAACUAAAGCAAUGUCCCCAAACACUACUUCAAAGCGUUCUCUUCUCACAUUUCUAACACUUUCGUAUCUCUUAUCGACUGUCCACAUCAUCACCGUGGCUGAGGCAAGGAACAUGCAAACCAUGACGGUAGCUGCUGAGCAUUCCGGCUCCGGAAACCUAGUUGAUUGUUGGAACGCGGCGUUAGAGCUCAAGUCUUGCACCGACGAGAUCGUCAAGUUCUUCAUGAGCCGUAACGGUACGGCUGAACCGGGUGUAACCGGUGGUAUUGAUAAAGAUUGUUGUGGAGCCAUUGGGUUGAUAGGGAAGGAGUGUUGGUCCGUUAUGUUUACUUCUCUAGGGCUUACGACUAUGGAAGGGAAUAUGCUUAGAGAGUAUUGUGAUUUUGAGGCGGAGAAGCUGGUAUUUUCACCGUCACCGUCUCCAGCGCCGGAAGCUCUGGCUUUGUCUCCGGUUGAAAUUACGUACCCGGGACUUGAUUAGAUAAUUAUAUGGUUUCUUUUCUUUCUUAUGUUUAAAGUUAAUAAAGAUUACCUUUCCGGUGUUCUUAAUAUUAGACGUUCAAAACCAUAAAAAAAAACAGUACGAAAAAAUGGAAUAAUGUUUUGUAUACUUCUCUAUAUGCCAAACAUACACAACAUUUUCUAGUUUGAGUUUGAAUAAAUAAACGAAUUAAAAAGUUCAUUGAAACUCAACAGUCAACGCGAAGGAUUGAGAAGUAACGUGUGAACACAAGCUUGAUUUCUCAAUGCAACAACUAAAAAAUUGUUGAUGAUUUGCGUGUAGAGCGACAACGUUUCACUUCCACACAAACCACACUUUGGCCAUUUCUACUGGUUUUUACAUAGAACUAAUCACCAAAUUCCGUGUUUAAUUCAAGAAAUGAGUUAAACAAGAAAACGUUUAAUGUGUGAUUGUAAUGGCAAAAUGAGCUGAACAAAGAGGGUUUCAGCUACUUAGGAGCUGGGCAAAAGGAAGAAGAGAGAAAUUGAGAUAAAGCCAGAUUAAACCCCUUACUCACUUGUGAAAGCCGAGGGUUCAUCUACGCUUAUACGUACAUAUAAUCCUACUAUAUAAAAGGGACUAAAUUCAAGGCUUUUGGGACUAUCCAGCUCAGCCAAAAUAUUCUCAUCCAAAAAGAAUUAGAAAUAGAUGUAAUUUAGAAGAUAAUUAACUAACAUAGAACUUUUGAUAUUUCUAGAAAU